GUGCACCGAUAGGACGACAGAACAGAAAAUUAAGUGGCUAACGUAAGUUACAAGAGAGAGAGAGAGAGUUCUUUAAGAAAGUAGGUUCUUAAGUAUUACGGUCAGUUUACGAUUGCUUCUUCGGACGAUCGCUUCUUAGCAAUGAUGUUAAUCUUCUACAUCGUUUUAAUAUUCGGUUUAAAUCAUGUCGAAUCGAAGGAAUUACCAACGAUAUUCGAAGUAGAAGAUUCGAUAAAUCGAACGAUCGAUCAAGUUGAAAGAUUGAUCAAUGAAAAUCCAAAUUUACCUCGAUUAUCACGAAACGACAUAGUUGAUAUUUUGUAUAACAUCACUUCGAAGGAUUCGGAAGCUUAUGAAAAUAAAGAUGAAAUCGAGAAAGCACGAAAAAUGUAUCAAAGAGCUUUAAUGGUUGUAUUACCGUACAAAGCGAGAGAAUCAUUGGAAAAUUUAAAAGAUUUGUACACGAAACCACCGAUAGUUCAAAUGUUAUCGGAUUCGUCUAGUGACGAACGUUUAGAAAUGGUUUUAAACGAUCGAUCGAAAGAAAGUAACAGUGAAUCAUCGGAAUCUAUUGAUAAUAUAUUAGAUAAAAAUAAAUAUAAAAAUCAUCGUGAAACUUAUUCGGAUGUUAGAUCUACAGAAUCAUUGAAAGAAACUUUAACACCUGGUUCAGCACCAAUGAGAUUUAGUUUUAAUUUGGAUAGUUUACAACAAACUAAUCAUCAUUAUCCUACUCGAGAAACAACAAGGAUAGAUGAUCAUUCAAUAUUUUUUCCUACCACUAGAAAAACGAUUAACAACAACGAUCAAGUUGAAGACAUCAAUGUAGUUCUCGAUACGAAGAACGAUAAAGAAACAUCCGGUUCGGAAGAAUUAACGAUUGAUUUGGGUCCGAAACAAGAUAUUAUUUAUUCAAAUCAAUGGCAUUAUCAUGCACCACCACCCCAAAACAUUCCCAAUGAUAACAACGAAGAGUUUGAUAUUGAACAACAACAGGAGGACGAAUCUUCAACAAUUUUUGUAACACCGCUCACGUUGACAUCGCAAACUUCGACUAAAUACAACACAACGUUGGCUUUAAAUUCUGGUGGAUUUCGUGAUGUUACAUCGACUACUGAAAAAAUUUGGACCGAACCAACGACGAAAUUACGAGUCAUGGAUUUGUUAGCUUCCAUUGGAUUGCGACCAGAGAAUGAAGCAAAAGUUGACAAUGUUUUUCUGACAAAUCAAUCGAAUUUUAGCAAUGAAAAUAACAUAGUUUCUUUAACAACGGACAAACCAGAUUUACCGUUAAUCAAACCUGAUCAAAAUACAUUUCAAACAAGUCAUUUUGAUUUGAACAAAGGUAUGGAAAAUUUAACACCCGACUUAAGACUCCUCUUUCAAAGAUUUGGCAUUGAAAGUACUCAGAAUCGUCAAUCACCCAUCUUAACUACGACAACUCGUGCAACUACGAAUUUGUAUAGAAAUUUUAAACCAUUGCCAACGUCUACAGUUCAAGACGAAGAAAUGAGAGAAUUUUUAUCGAAAUUUGGUCUUGGCGUUAACAGACAACGAAAAGCUAUGAAAACUAAUGUUCAAUCGGUGAUCGAAGCUGUUCCCGUUAAUAUGAGAACAGUUUUAGAAAAUAUCGGAUUAAUCUCAAAUUCUCAUAGAAAUUCGAAAAAUUUGAUUCAUCAUUCGGAAGAGACUAAAUCAAUACCCAAUUAUCACAUUUUUAAACCUCACGAAACGAUUUUUAAGAAUGACAAUGAUCGAUCGAAAAUCAAUGAACUUUUAGAUACCUUUAAAUUGGUUCAAGAAGGUAAAGCUGAUACCAAGGACGUCCAAAAAGUUGCUAAUGAUUUAUUAAAGACUACGAAAACUUUGUCAGUUGGUCCAGAUCCAUUAAGUUUGGAUGAAAUUAUACGAGUUUAUAGCGAAGAUCUUAAGAAUGAAGUUAAAAGACAAAAAGAGGAUGAUAGAAGUUCCACUAGUGAUGGAAAUGCUAUUACUUCAACUACCAUCUCUCCAAUGGAAACAACGCUGUUAUCAGAUUCUGCAAAAGAUGCCGCAGAAUUAAAUGAGACAACAGCAACGACAGAAUCUGUGCAGAUGCCAACUACUACUACUACUACUUCUACUGCUACUACUACUAUGGCAGAAACAACAACACCAGCAACAACAACAACAACUGAUACUAAUCUGAGAGACUUGGAAAAUUCAUUCGGUGGUAGUACAAGAGCACCAGAUCCAGUCUUACCAACCAGAAGAAAAACUGGUUUAUACUUUUUGGUUGAUUGGAACACGUUUCUCGAAGUUGGCGAAGAAGGUAGCGAAAAGAUCAAUUUAAGGUUUCAACCAAAGGUCGGCGACAGGUCAAGAUUUUUACCAAUAACUGUACCUUGAACAACGUAAACGAGAUCAUGCGAAUCUCAUGAGCGUUAUAUAAAACGAGUGAAACUUAAACGUUAUUAUAUAUGAUACAUUUCUUAGAAAGUACCUUUUCUAU